AUGUUCAGGAUUGGAAUAUAAGUUUUUCUAAAAUGCAAGAUCAAUCCACCAGAAUCAUGGCAAAAGAUAUUCUUUUUGUUAAACGAUUUGUAUAGUGUUCGUUACUGCACUAAGAAUAAUCUAACCAUCUCUGGUCCUUAUCAUACGCUGAGGUAUGUAAGAAAUCCCCUUAAAAGUUUUUAAACUCGAAUAAUCUAAUAAGAAAUCAAUCUACAAAAUCUUAGCCACCAUAGCUAAAUCUACCUUGUUUCAAGGAUUUUCAGAACAACUCAGAUAUGUUUCUUGAAAAUGAUUUACUAUAUCGCCCUUUACUCUAUUUUUGAAACACCUGAAUCUGCGGAAGCCUUAGCCGAUUGCUACUGGAGAAGAAAAUAGGGUGAGUCAUUGGAUUAAACAGUUUUAGGAGUAUACUAGUAAUCGAGCCUUGGCCUAGGAUCUUACUGGCGAAAAAUAGAUAUUUUCUCGAGGAAUCAUCUAUCUCCUACAACUUCCUUUAACUCCAACACCCUAUUUUAAUUUAAAUUGGAAUAUCAAAAAAACCCAAAAACCCAGGUUAAGGUAUAAUGA